AUGUCUCUGCUUCGUUUUGUGCCCGAAUACACACCGCCCUCCAAGGAGAAUAUCAGGGAAUUUCUGGAUGUGCUAAAAACAGUGAAGCAUUUGGUUGUUAUGACCGGAGCCGGCAUAUCGACGGAAUCCGGAAUUCCGGACUAUCGCUCUCCCAAAGUUGGCCAGUAUGCGCGAACCAACCAUCGCCCGGUGAUGCAUCAGGAUUUUAUGAAUUCGCUCUACAUCCGCAAACGCUAUUGGACGAGGAACUACGUUGCCUGGCCCAGGUUCUCGGCUUCACAGCCCAACGAAACACACAAAACGAUUGCGAACUGGGAGAACAGCGAGCGCUUCAAGUGGCUGAUCACGCAGAACGUGGACGGCCUGCACACGGCAGCCGGAUCGCGCAAGCUCAGCGAGCUGCACGGAUGCGGCAGACGGGUGGUGUGCAUGCAGUGCAAGGUGGUGUACCCGCGGGAGACGGUGCAGAAGUGGAUGGAGGAGGCGAAUGCGAGCUGGUGCGUGGAGGAGAUCGGCGAGCUGGCGCCCGACGGCGACUGCGACAUCCCGGAGAAAGCGGUGCACAACUUCAAUUUGCCCAAGUGCCCGAGCUGUGGGCCCAAAUCAAUCCUCAAAACAGACGUGGUCUUCUUCGGCGGCUUCAUCGAUCCCGCGGUGCACGAGAAGUGCUCGGAGAUGGUCGAUGCGGCCGAUGGCCUGCUCGUACUUGGCUCCUCGUUGACCGUGCUCUCCGGCUAUCGCUACGUGGAGCAGGCGUACCGUCGAUCGAUUCCGAUUCUGAUCGUCAACAUUGGUGCAACAGAUGCCGAUCAGAUCGCCACCGUGAAGAUAUCCGCGAAAUGCUCGGAUGUCAUCAAGCAUGUACCAGCG